GCUGCUUUGGGCGUUUCAACUCCUACCGCACAACGAGCGCACCGGGAGCGCUCGCGAAAGCGACAACCAACGAGCGGCGACCCUGAGACGAUCAGCACUACCACACCAAAAACAAGCGAAUGUGAAGGGGCAAAUCUUAGAGGCCGCGCCCAGCUCCGCUGUGGAGGUCGUGUAUGUGCUCAACGAAGUUGGACUGUAAAAAAAAUCGAUUUCCCUACUACUUCAUUGGGUCGCGGACAGGGAUCGACAACGUCAAAAAAUCAGAAGAGCACGACUAGAAGCGCGACCGUUUUAGAUAAACUGGCACUGGUAAACCAGUCGAAGCAAGGACAGCAUACUACUGGGCGUGGCAGAGCUCAGCACUCCAGUAAGGGCCUGGACAAAGUAGAUGGAGCACAUAGCCAACAAAACAAAGAUGCUCGACAUGAUCAGCAUGGGAAUAGCAAUGUCUUUAGCAAGAGUGCCAUGUCGUACGUCACGAAAGCCGCGAGAGAUGAUAAAAAUCUCUGGCAAUGGGAGUCAAGACUUUCGUUAGUUUUGGCGCUAUUUCUUCGAUAUGCCCUCUUGGCUGCGUACCUGGAACGAAAGGGUAACGAUCACGACGCCUCAGGCUAUGUGCCAGUGGGCGAACUACACGGUUUUUUCAAAAAGCACGGAGCAUGGGCAAUGGAUAUUGAGCAGUUCACUGAGUUGCUAUUACGGCAGUUUUUUCAUCCUCUUACUCUUAUAUAUGGGGAUCGUCCUUUGUCGUGGAAACUACUCCUUCAUGAAUUGCCAAGAAAGGAAUCUAAGGAAAUAUGCAAGACGCAGGACUGAUCUCAGGAGGAUUGCACUGGUCUCAAGAGGAUAAAAAGCGACUGACUCGAAUGGUAAAUAGGUUGGUAAGGUAUAGCAAGAACAAGGAAGGAAAGGCGCGAUUUCAGAUCGUCGAAAUAUCGGAAGAUCUGCACGACAGAGACUUAAGGUUUGACAGACGCAGGCCUCCCGUCGCAGCUGCCGCGCGUUUUGGUAGUGGAGAACCGUUAUGGAUCAACGUCAACUGACAAACAUUUUUUCGAAAUGCAUGCUCCUUUUUUCUAUCCGCAUUGUGGUGAACUAGAUCCUUCUUGGAUGAGGGCGAUGUGUUUCUUUGUACCUGUGUCAUGGAAGAAACGCUUCAACUUAGAUUGAUUGCCCAAUAGUAAUUUCGUCCAUCUAACCUGCAUCUGUUUCAUCAGGGCCGCUGGAAAGCACGGGGCGAAAGCAAGAGACGAAGCAGGCAGGCGCACUGGCUUCGUCGAUUUGGCUGACAAGGACGGGGAAGAUGCGUGGGUUGACCUCGAGAGAGGUCCCAGCCUACAGUUUUGGCGGGAAGCAGAAGCAGCAGGGUUUAUGAGUAGAUACCUACGCUAGCAAGACAACGGAUGGCAAAAUGUGUUUUUUCGUACACGACUUGACAGUUUUCGUUGUACUUGUACUUCUUAGAAGGAGUAAUUACUCACUCAGACUCAUGUUGGCUGCAGAUUGAUUAUUCUCAAUCGGCAUGCCAUGCCAGGAAAGGUGCGUUAAAUGUGCCGCGUGCUCAAAACAUUCUAUUCUAAGAUUUGGUCACUUCUGCGGAGCACAAAUGCACUUCCGACUCUUAUUCGCGCACUCGCGGACCAUGGAGGCAUGGACGCGUUGACUAUGUCGCCCGAGGACCAGGAGUGGUUCCUCGAGGAUGCCGCGCAGCGCCAGAGGCAGAAGAAGGCAGAGAAGAAAAAUCGCAAACAAGAACAAGAACAACAACGCGAAACUUCUAGAAACGAACUAGUUGUAAAUGAGUCGUGUGGUGUAUUUCAAAGCAAGAAGCUGGCUCUCUCGCAACAUGUCGAGUCAGGUCCUUCUGCCUCUGAGUCGCGGCGCAGAUCUUCUAUUGAUUAUAUAUCAUCUACUAGCAAAUUCAUGGGCUUGAGUUCGAGUGUCAUGCCAACCCCAGGAACAUCCCUAGUCUCCAACCAAUCGGAUUCUUCGGCAGUGUCCUCAAGAAAUGCCGGAGGUGGUGGCAUCUUGGAAAAGAGACGAAGCAGUAAACUCGGAGCGUCUCCGUCUCCCAGUCGAAGGCCGUCCUCGUCGCUGCAUCUUGGACCAAGUGCGGCGUUGGUUACCAGAGUCAGCACCUUGAUGCUGCGGCCAGUCGUUGAAGAAGAGGCUGCGGCCAUGGAGGACGCCGAUCAUUCGCUUGCCGGAGAUUCCCGACGAUUGGACUCGAGUAGUAAGAAGAAUGGCGUUCCUGUGCUUCCGCUUCGCUCGAAGCAAGUAGCUGCAAGUAAAGUAUCUGGAGUUGUGGGCGCCAUCAAAACUAAGACGAAAAGAAUCAGCGUCACGAAAUCAAGCGUAAAAGAUGACGGCAAACAAGCAAAGAAGACAGCGAUGAGUGCUGGCGACCAAGUCGCCGAUAAAAAGAAAGCACUGCUAUCGCUUAUCUCCGCCGGUACAGGCACAUCCUCUACUAGCGUCAAAAAAGGCGUUUCCACCAUCGUUAGCACUCCAAAGACGAAGAGCACCAUCUCCAGACGCGACGCUAUCAGCAGCAGCACAAGCAAAAUGGCGGCCAACAGCCCCAAGACUGUCUCCACAGCACAGACCAAAAGCGCCAGCUCCAGCAAAAUUGUCAAGCUUAGUCAGGCUUCCAACAAGGUCAAAAGCAGCAGCAAAGC